AGCCGAGGGGAGAGAGCAGCAGUAGCCGGAGAAACCGAGUCGAUCAGCCGCGGGAACGACCGAGCGACCUGGGGGCCCAUUUUUACCCAGUUUUCCGUCGGGGAAACAGGGCAGGGGGGUGGGCUGGGGGUUCGGGUACAGAAGAAUGAGAGAGCCCUCUUACCGGAGGGGGCGAAACCAUGAACGGGGCCGUGUAUAUUUCGUUUUUCCAGGGCCAACUGGAGUCCGUGCUGGAGCAAGUCGUUCAGCUCGCCGUCCAGGAAAUAAGCAAAACGGUGGGCUCCAGCCUGAACGCGCUGCUGCUGGAGACGGCCGUGAAGGAGCAAGAAAAUCGCCGACUCAGGCUUCAGCUGCAGUCGCGGGAGAACCGAGUGAGAGCCGGCGGCUCCGACGGUGGAGGCUCCCCGCCAGCUGGUAAGAACAAGGCUGGCAAGGCGACGGGCGACGAGUGGGCGGACAGCGGCAGGACAAAGCCCGAACAGCCGCAGCAACGGCUACACGCCCCCGGAGGGCAGGGUACCGAGCCCAUCUUACCCACCGACACUCGCCGCCUGGAGCAGAGAGGACGAGUCGUGGACCAGCUGAAGUCGGUCAUGGAACAGGUCCUGAACUUUGCCGUGCGCGAGCUGACGAAGAUCGUGGAGGCUUCGUUUGACGACCUCCUGCUGGAGAUCACCAAGAUGGAGAGGGAGCAGCAGGUCCUGGAGGAGAGACUGGGGAGCUCCGCCAGAGGGGGAGGGGGGGAGAAGGAGAGAGGAGGAGGGGGAGAGAAGAGCAGAGGAGGAGCAGGAGGACCGGGGGGGAGGAGGAGAGGAUCGGAGAAUGACUCGGUGUCGCCCAGCGGCUCAGAGGACGCCCGGGAGGAGCUGGCUGAGGUGGCGCCGCCCAAAGAGACAGCAGAGACAGAGGAGCGUCCCCCGGUCCUCUCAGUCUCGCAGGACUGGGUCCCGAUCCUGGACAAGGUCUUUGGUCAGAAGUGGUGCAGCGACGUCUGGCAGAUUAAAGAGCUCUCCGGGGGCGGAGGAGGAGAGGGAGGUGGGAGGGGACUGAAUGAGGGAGGGGCGGAGCAGGUGGAGCCUCUCCCAGCCCCCUCAGUCACCCUGGAGCCCUCCCCCUCGUCCCCCCAGCAGGACCCCCGCUGGACUCCUCUGGAGGACAUGGAGGUGUUCUCUCCUGAUGAUGAUGCUGCAGAGGGUCAAAGGAGCAGCGGGGGAGGAGCCAACACCAGACCCUCACCUGGACCCCCCCUCAGCCCCACAGGCUCUUCAGGACGUCGCUCUUCGGCGUCCAUGCUUCACCGUCUCCUGACUCUGCCGUCUCAGCUGCUGGAGGAUGACGACGAGGACGCCACCGCCAAGGAAACGCUGGGCGCUCUGACAACUGACGGCGCCGGCGACUGCAGAGAUGGCAUCGAACCGCAGGGCCGGACCUGCCCGUCGCCCCUGACGACCAGGGAGGAGGAGGAGGAGGAAGAGGAGGAGGAGGAGGACAGGGGGAGGAAGAAGAAGAGGCGGAGGGUGUGGUCGGAGUGUGAGGAGUGUGGGCGGAGGUUCAGUCGGAUGUCUCUCCUGAAGGCUCACCGUCAGAUUCACGUCGCCGAAAACGCCACCGCCGACACGUCGUCUCCGCCCGGCGGCGCCGCCUCGGUGUUACGCUGCUCAGACUGCGGCAAGAGGUUCUCCUCCGGGACCCGCCUCCACAGCCACAUCCGGACCCAGCACACCGGGAGCCAGUCCUGAACCUGGCAGGUCUCUGGGCUGAACUGGAAACGGGAUCGUCGGAGGCCACAAACACAUCGACGGUCCAACAGAAGCUGAACAAAGAGCUCAGAGCAGAACCAGGAGAGGAGCCACAGACCUGAGACCAGAUGCUAAUAAAAUCCGACCGGCACUUUGACGUGACCUUCAGCCCACUCGACGAAUCUGGAACAAAGAGCUGGAGACCUGAAGGAGCAGGCACAGAACAACAAGCAGGGGCCGACCCAUUUUAAUAUGAGCCACAGUUACAGAAUUACACAGUUCACAUCAGCUGUGUUUACAAUCACUGAAGUCAUCUCAUCACUCUGGCCUUUAUCAUCAUCAUCAUCAUCAUCAUUAUAGGGAGGGGCUCUGCAUUCAGCCAGGAAACCUGAGGCUGAACCUCAGCAUCUCCCAGUCAUGACUACUGGAUGUGUUUGGCACAAGAGGUGAUGAGUAACUGACACGUCAGUGUAAAACAGUCAGUCAGUCAUCUCUGGGUCAGCAUGUCUCCACUUCCUUUUCCUUUUGAUGAAUGAAGUGUUCUUCUGUAUUCAUGUGUUUUUAAUUAUUAAUUAAUUUCAAUCUUUUCACAAACAAAAAAACCCAGAAAAACACAGUUUAACACAGAGUUUAACACAGCUGGCACAGCUGGAUCAGCUGGCACAGGUGGAUCAGCUGGCACAGCUGGCACAGCUGGAUCAGCUGGCACAGGUGGAUCAGCUGGCACCGC